AUGAUAAAAUGUUUUGGAAAAUUGAGAGGAAUAAUUAUUCUGUUUAGUUUUUUUUUGUUUUCUGAAAAAUGGGGCAAUAGCCUGGCUUGGAAUAGAACAUCAAAAACAGCUAGUUUACCGUUAAUCAGAGAUAUACCAUUUUUAAAUUAUUAUAAAAAAAAUGAGGGGGAAAAAAAAUAUAUAAAGAGAGACAAACCACAUACAGAAAUAUAUCAAUAUACAAAUGGAAUGGAAAAUAAAAGUAGAAAAGAUACAAAAAGAAAUUUGUUUUCUUUUUUUUUAAAAAAUAGCACAUUUUCAUAUUUGAACAAAAUCAAGGGGCGAAAUAAAACAUUUUCAAGCCACCACAUCAUAAAGCAUAGAAAUAUUUUUGGCAAAAAUCAAACAAAUAAAAAAAAAUUCAUAACUAUUCAUAUUUAUUGUUCAGACAAAAAUAAUGAUAUAAAAAAUGAUAACCAUAGCAACUGCGAUACUACAAAAACGGAAAUAUCAGAAAUCGACACUUCUCAAAAGUCCAUAAUAGAUAAGCAAAAUGAUAUUUUAUCAAAUGAAGACAAACAAGAAGAGCAAAAUAAAAAGAGACAGUUUUUGACAGAUACAAAAUAUUAUAAACGAAGUAAAUAUUCUAAAGCAGGAAAAAUAAAUAUAAACAAUAAUAUGGGCAAUGUAAUAUAUGAUAAUAAUAAACUUUUUAGCAAUAUAAUACAAAAUGAUGAUAAUAUAUUAACAUAUGUAGAAUCAUUUGACGACUUAGAAAAUUUAAAAAAAAAAAAUAACAAAGUAAAUAAUAUAAACACUAAUAAUACUAAUCUUCCAAAUGUUUUAAUAAAAAAUUAUUAUGCAGAUUCAAUGAGACCAAAUGAUCUAGAUUUUAUUAAAAAAAAUAAGUAUUUAGAAAAUAAUAUAAAUACUAAUAAUAAUUCACAAACAAACCAAAUAAAAAAUAUAAACAAAAAUAAUAUCUCGUUUAUGAAUGAAUUUUCUGUUAUUGGCGAAAUUGUAGGAGUACAUGGAUUACAAGGAUGCCUAAAGGUAGUGAGUUUUACCACUUUUAAUGAUAUUAGAUUUAAAGAAAAUAGUUAUCGUUAUAUUUUUAUGAAUUCAUAUCCAUAUCCUAUACCCAUAAAAAUCACAUAUGUAAAAGAAUCAUUAAAAAUUGGAUUUCUUUAUAUUAAAAUUGAAAAAAUAUAUUCACGAACUGAUGCCUUAAGAUUAAAAGGAUGUCUUAUAUGUGAUGAUAAAAAAAAAUUUCCAGAUAUUGGUGAAAAUAAAUAUAUAUCUACAGAUUUGAUCAAUUUUGAUAUAUAUAUUUUUAAUGAUCCUACUAAUAUACCAAUAGGAACAGUUUUUUCUUUUGUUUCUAAAUAUGACUACAUAUGUAAUAAAGCAGUGCAAGAUAUUUCUGAAGAUUUAAUUAAAAUUGAGCUUAAUAAAAAUGUAUCAAUAAACAAAAUAUUCAACAUUUUAAAAGCUAGCCAAGCUAGCGAAAAUAAUCAAAAUUUAAGAAAAAAACAUGCACCUAUUAAGGUACUUAUAAACCGUAAAAAUUUUAAUCUUUAUCAAACUGAAGAAAAAAUAACUGAAGAAAAUUCUGGUAUAAAUGAAUCAGAUAAAAUAAAAGGAGACAAACAUUAUUACAAUUCAUUGGAAAAUUUUGAAGGAUAUUCAUAUAAAAAAAUUUAUAAAUGUGAUUUUUGUGAUGAUAUUUAUGAUAAUUUAAGAGAAGCAACUAAACAUGAAAAUUCACACUUUCAACAUGAUGAAGAGAUGUUGUUUCAUUCUUCUGACUCCAAUACCAAUAAGGAAUCCCUUUAUGAAUUGACUGAAAAUGAAUUAAAGAAUAUUAAAAAAGAAAUCAAUUAUUUCUUUGUUCCAAUAAUAAAAGAAAAAACGAUAAGAUUGGUACAUUAUGAGCAUAAAAAAAUUUACCUAGAUAUAUCCACCAUCUUUUUAUUAGAUAACCCAAAAUAA